GUCUAUAUUUGAGAAUAAUCCAACGUCAGGUUCAUCGGUCCAAUUAGAAAACUUCACAAAGUCUCUGGCGGCCCGGCCCUUUGUUGACUGGAAGGAUCGAAGGGGGUUUUAUUGAAGAAGAAAAAGAAGAAGGGGAGAAGUAGAAAUGGCGAAGUCCUGUAAGGGCCUUGCUAUGGAAUUGGUUAAGUGCCUCAGUGAAUCCGAUUGCGUUAAGGUUGAGAAGAAGAGUUACAGGGAAUGUGCAAAAGAGAAGAGUCCCUGUAUUCCUAGUGAAUGUGUUGGACUUCGGGAAACCUACUUCAAUUGCAAACGAGGACAGGUGGAUAUGAGAGCUCGAAUUCGUGGAAAUAAGGGUUAUUAAUCGGUAGGAUUGGCGUAAAUUCCACACACGGGAAAUAUGAUAUUUCCCUGACUUAGCUGCAUGUGUUAACUUGCAGUGUUUUGUACAAAUUGCAAUCUACCAUUUUCUCAGCGAUAGAACAUAUAUGAGCUUCUUGGAUACGCAAUUUACUUGACAAACUUUGUACUUGGUGGUUCGAUCCCUUGUUUAAUUUUGAAUAACGUUGAUAUUGGAUGUGUGGAAGAGGGUUUAGUUCUCACUUUUCAUCGUGAAUGAUUAAUUUGUCUCUCUUUCACUUA